UCUCUAUCAUUUGCUCAACAAUCCUCACGCAGUGAUUCCGCAAAUUCAUCCGAUUUUUCCCUAAAUUCACCAAAUCUAAGAGUAAACAGCUUUACUCCGUGAUUGGAGCUGCCUGUAGAUUCAGAAUUCAUAAGGUAAAAUGAUAACGAAAAUUCCAUAAAGAAUUUUUUGGCGCCAAACUUAUUUUCUGUUGUUUUUAGAAGCGUUAUCAAACUGUAUUUUAUAUGCUCCUUUUCAGGUAUCCAUGAGAAACAUGAAAUGCUUUGAGUGGUUAUUCAUAUGCUCUCUGAUCACACUACUUAGUGGUCUACCAUACAGUUAUGGAAAUGUUCUUGAAACAUUUGGCACGAUGAAUGAUAAAGUUUUGCAUGUUGAUGAGGAGCAUUUCAAGGAAACCUUGCCGAUUCAAAAUGGGGCUCGCCUCUACCACUUGCAGGGGUUAAAACCCCUGACGUGGUAUGAGGUGAAGAUGUCAUAUCCUGCUUCUAUGCCUGCCAGUUUUUCUUUGCAACUAAAAAGUGGUACUCCAGAUUUGGGUCUGAAUCUAGGAAGAAAAUUGCUCAAUACUGAAAAGAUCAUUUUCAAGACAACCGGAAUCACCUCACUGAUUGAACAGGGCGACAUAUCUGUUUUCGUGAAUGUAGAACCUGAAGGUGUUGUCACAACAUCAGGGAAGCGGGAAAUGGAAUAUAUCAUGUUUAAUAUAGUGUGUGACGAACUGUUGCUGGGUAUUCCCCACAAGGCUUGGUAUGUCACAGUUUUCGUAUUGAUCGGUUUGAUGUUGGUUUUUGUGGUUCCUUGGUAUCUCCCUGCCUUCUUGCUGCCAAAAAAUGGUAUACAGCCAUUGCUUGAUCAUACUGUUACCAAGGCUUCAUGAAGCCAUCUCUUUGCUACGGCUUCUACCUACGUCUCCUCGAGAUAUUUGAUUGAGGUGAAUGAUUUGGUUUGGCAUAUUUGCUUAAAACUAUGCAAAAUAUGUUUAGAUGUAGUUUGACGUUAAAUCGUUUUAUUAAAAAAAAAAGUGUAUAUAAAGUAUAAUUAUACAGAUGUUGAAGAAUGGGAACAUUUUAGCUACGUCUAGUUUUCGAAAUUGAAACCCGAAACCCGUUUGAGAA